AUGACGGAGGUCCGUGAAUUCGCAUGCGUCCGUGGUUUUGAGAAGGUGCACUUCAGUGAUGACAGUGCAUGCAUUAGCACAGAUGUUGUCGAGUCAACUAAUUCUUAUACACUGGCCUGCGUUUUGAUUAUUGCCUACGCCAUUAUGAACGUUUCCUGUGAGGUAAUUCAGACUACUCAAUUUGUAAACUCCCUUUCAGAUUCCCAAUAAAGGGGUGAGGAAAACGAUUAUCGAGAUUUAUGAUCCUUUUAUUGAGACUGACGUUACUUACUGGUAA